CCCGCGCCGCUCACUCCCUAUCCUCACCGCGGACCUGUGGCUGAGGCAUGCGACCCGUCCUCACUCUGAAGCCGACUGUCUGAAGGAAAUAAUGUCCGCGCAGGGAUUGUUGAGCAGCGUCUUCUCCUGCUCGCUGAGCCCCAAAAGUAUUUCCAAGCGGCGGCUGCGGCAGACGCGCAGCCUGGACUCCGCGCUCACGCGGCACUACGGCACCGAGGCGGAGGAGCCCAGCUUCAAGGGUGACUUCACCUGGAGCAGCUUGUCAGGGCGCAGCGUUGGCCUGAAGCCCAUCCCCCUGCAGAGCCUCUCCGAGUUGGAAAGGGUUCGUCUCCAGGACGUGGCCCUCGGGCGAUUGCUCCGGGGUCAGGACCUGGGCUGCCACAUCACCAUCCCCAAACAUGGUCAGAAGCACAAGAAGUCACUGAGAAGGAAGCUGGACUCCUUAUCAAAAGAGAGGAGUAAAGACAAAGAGACUGUGCCACAGGCGUUUGGCUUACCACUGUCGCAUGUCAUAUCCAAUGACCGCACGCUCAAGCUGCGGCAUGAUCACCUGCGGGAGGAGCACAGCGACCCCACCGAAUUGAUGCUAUCCUUCCUCCACCUGACCUCCAGCCUCAAGAGGGCGAACAAAGAGCUCUCCAGCAGCAACUCGUCCCUGAGCUCCACGUCCGAGACCCCUAAUGAAUCGCCUGUGCCCAGCACACCAGACACGGCCCCGCGGAGCCGCAGGAGGGGCGGCGUGUCUGUGGAUUGCAUCACUGACCUUGAUGAUAACCAGUCGCGGCUCCUGGAGGCCCUCCAGCUGUCUCUGCCAGAAGACGCAACUGGCAACAGGAAGAAGCACCAUGACAAAAAGCUCAGCCUUAACCCUAUUUACAAGCAAGUGCCCAGAGUGGUGGAUCUCUGCUGCCAGCACCUAGAAAAAUACGGGCUUCAGACAGUUGGAAUUUUCCGUGUUGGGAGCUCCAAGAAGAGAGUACGACAACUCCGAGAGGAGUUUGACCAGGGAUGGGAGGUCCAGAUGGACGAGGAGCACAGCGUCCAUGACGUCGCUGCGCUCCUUAAAGAGUUUCUCCGAGACAUGCCUGACCCACUGCUGACGAGGGAACUCUACACAGCUUUCAUUAACACAAUAUUGCUGGAUUAUUCAGAACAAGAGAGUGCCAUCCAGCUGCUGAUGUUUUUGCUUCCUCCUUGUAACAGCGACACACUGCAGCGCCUCCUCUGCUUGCUGUCGACUGUUUCUGCACACGCUGAUGACAGCCUGAGCAGUGACGGCCAGCAGAUCACAGGAAACAAGAUGACGUCGCUGAAUUUAGCCACCAUCUUUGGACCCAACCUGUUACACAAGCAAAAGAACUCAGACAAAGAGUUUGUGGUUGAGAGUUUUGCGCGUGCGGAGGAGAGUGCAGCCAUCAUCAGCGUGGUCCAAAAGAUGAUCGACACCUGCGACACGCUGUUCAUGGUUCCCGCCGACCUGCAGAAUGAGGUGUUGAUGAGUUUACUGGAAACCGAUCCUGAUGUUGUGGAUUAUUUGCUGCGGAGGAAAGCCUCUCAGUGCUCAAAUUCUGGGCUUAUAAAACAGGAGGAGGCCUUCUCUCUUCCUCAGAGAUGCUCAUCCAAUGAAUCUCUCAAAGCGUCCAGCGGAGAAGUGUCUCCCUAUGACAAUAACUCCCCUGUCCUGUCAAAUCCGCUGCUCUGUCAAUACACAGAGGAUAACAGUCUGUUCUCGGACAGACACCCCAGAUUUUCUGAGAAUUACAAGGUCAGGAGUCGCUCUAAAGACGGAUCUGGCAGCACGUCCCCCACGCUGUCCACUGACAAAGAGGCCUCCUCUGACAGCUUCUGGGACACCUGGCAUGAACUGUUCAGGAAGGAUUUCAGCGGCCAUCAGAUCACCGGCUCCCUUGGAGACACGUCGGAGUGCGACUCUUAUGGAUCGUCGGAGGGGCUGAGCAGUCACCAAGGUAACAACAAGCUGCCCGUCAGAACAACACAACCGUCAUUGGGCGUUGUGGAGAGCAGGCCACACCUCCCGGUGACUCGCAGCAGCAGUGGUCCUCAUGACCAGAGAGAGCAGAGACAGCCGGAAUCAUCACUGCAUCAGGCGAUGAGCAGCCAAUCAGGAGCCAUGAGCUCAGACAACUUAGCACAAAGGACAGCGUGCCCUGCGUGUCCAUUACUUAAGGUCAGGACUGAGAGUUUGUCUCCCCUUUGUUGCUCCGGACCACUGAGAGAGACUCACAUUUCUCACUCCACGCCCUCCCUCUGCACGCAUCGGCCUCGCCCCCACAGCCCACAGCCGUCCCAGCAGAGCCCAGCCCUCCAGGCUGCAGACAGGACACACGCCUCCGGGCCCCGAGAACAAAGGGGACCCGACACCACGAACUGGCAGAAGGAGCGCUGGCACGUCUGGCAGAUGCUGUCCAAAGAAAACCCAGAAUCCCUCACAGAAACCCUGGUGUGAGGAUGAUGACGAUGAUGAUCACACUCAUCCUGCUACUAUCCGUCACAUCAACAGAUCAUCAUAUUUGCAAUAGUGGCAGUUUUUCUUAUGUCUAGAUGCCUUUAUUCUUCUUUUUUAUACGGUUGGAAACGUCACUGUCUUCGUAAUUUGUACUUUUAUUUGAACCUGUUUUAAAAGUUGCUAAAAAACUUGCAUUUAGACGUGAAUGUCAUAAUUACGCUUGAAUUAUUUAGAAUAAUGAAUGUAAACGUAUAAACCCUCCUUAUCAAGUAAUAUGGUUUUAUCUUAGUAAUCUGAUUACAGGUGGAAAUGUCUGUUACAGUGCAGAUUUCGAUGAGGAGAGUGUUAGAUAGCUUUUUUUUUUUACAUUCCAGUAUUGUUUUUGCUUAACCACUCAAGUUUUAUUAUUAAGAAACUGUUGUUGUAGAUAAUCUUUUGUAUUUGUACAUUUCCAGCACUUUGUAAUUUAAUGAAAAAAUAUUAAAUUAAAUAUACCUUUUGUAGGUG